AUGGCGGUCGUCUUGAGCAUCGGGCUUUGUUUCUUUUUUGUUUUUGUUGUUUUUUCAAAUACUACAGAGAAGCCAAUCAGAGUGAGGAGUUUGGAAAAUCGACUGGUCGAAAGUGUGAAGCCAGAGGAGUCGGAUUUCGAUCGGAUUCUGAAGGAUUUCACGAGGAAUAUCACUGAAAACGAUGUUGAAUAUAAGAAGAACUAUGUCAAAGCGGUAGGCUUUUAUACUUUUACAAUUUGCCCAUGCCCAUGCCCAUGCCUAUGCCCUUGUCCUGGCCUUGCUCUGGCCUUGCUCUGGUUUUGUCUUCGCCUUACCUAGCGUUUUUUGUGUAAAGGGCACAGAAUUAAGUACACGGGUUAGUAUAAAAAAUAUUUUUAGAUGAUGAAGUUCGCCUGGGACAACUACCGUAAGUAUGCUUGGGGCGCGAAUGAGUUGAAUACGGCUAAAAAAGCACCUCAUUCUGGAUCAGUUUUUGGAGCAGCUCAUAUCGGAGCAUCUAUCGUCGAUGGUUUGGACACUCUAUACAUGAUGGGAUUGAAGGAGGAGUUUGAUGAGGCUAAAGAAUGGAUUCGGACCGAGUUUGAUUUGAGGAAAUCGGUAGGUUUAGUAGAAGAUCAUGCUUAGGACUAGGUUUAUUUUUAAGGAUUGGAUCAGGCUUAAGCUUAGGUUAAGGCUUAGGCUUAGGCUUAAGCUUAGGCUUAGGAUUAGGUUUAGGCUUAGUCUUAGGCUUAGGCUUAGGCUUAGACUUGGGCUUAGGCUUAGGCUUAGGUUUAGGCUUAGGCUUAGGCUUAGGCGUAGACUUAGGCUUAGACUUAGGCUUAGGCUUAGGCAAAGUUUUAGGCUCCGUUUUAAUUUAAGGCCUAGAUUAGGUUUCGGUUUAGGUUAAGUCACAGGCUGAUAGUGAGACAUAUGCUUAUGUUUAGACUUUGCUUAAUUAUAGACCUAAGCUGAGGUUUAGGCUUAGGUUAAACUUAGGUUUACGUAGCGUCUUAAUUUUUAAGCUUAGGCUUAACGUGGGAAUCGUAAGAGUAAAAAACUUUUUUUUUCAAUUUUUUAAAUUUUUUAAUUUUCAGCCGUCUUCACUAUCAGUAUUCGAAACCAACAUUCGAUUUGUUGGAGGACUUUUGUCCGCUUAUGCUUUGAGCAUUGAAACUGUAAGUUAUUUUGAUUUUUUAAAAAGUUUUAUAAAGAAAAAUAAGCAAGCGGCGUAUUUUACAUUUCAUAGAGGUAGUACUGUGCUUUUUCAAAAUUUGGGCUGCGACUAAAACCUUCUGUACAUUUUCAAUUUUUUUAAAAAUUUUAAGUUUAAAAAUUUAAAAAAUUAUUUUUAUUGCCAUUUGUAGAGCAUAGCGUAAAGUGUUUGAGUAGCAAUCUUUAGGUUUAUUUGUUUAGAUUACAAAGGUAUCUGGUACAUAUUAUAUGAAACUUCCAGAUUUUUAAUCAUUUUAUUCAAAGAAACUCCUCUUUUUUUCAAAAAAUUUUUAUGUAGUUAACAAAAAAUUUCAAAAAUAAGUUUUACUGUUAGUUUUUACUAUUUUUAAAUCAUAUUUUAUAAUAUUUUUCGUUAAAGUGAACGUAUUUUACUUUUUUAGUGCUGUUGGGUCAGUUCUUGAAAAAAUAGGUGGUAUGACUUAAAGUACUGUAACUUUUAAAAUAGCAAAAACUAAAAAAAUUUUUUGUUUGAUAUAUGUUAAGUUUGAAACAAGGUGUUAUCUGCGUCACUUUUAGAGUAUUUGGUUUGAAGUCCAAAAAGGUAUGGCACAAACAAAAUUAAAAUUUCAAAAUUUUCCCCAAAAAAUCUCAUUUUUUCUCAAAAACCUUCAAUUUUAGGUAACAAAACCCACUAAAACCCCGUUUUCAGAUAUUCCUCCUGAAAGCCCGUGAAGUUGCGGACCUUUUGCUGCCAGCUUUCGACACUCCCACCGGUAUACCAUUGGCUUUGGUCAACAUGAACACGGGUCGGGCUUCGAAUUGGGGCUGGGCUUCUGGAGGCUGUUCAAUCCUCUCCGAACUGGGCUCUCUGGAGCUGGAAUUUAAUUAUUUAUCCAAAUUGACGGGUUCUGAUUUGUACAAGGAUAAGGUGAAACGAGUCCGAGAGGUUAUGGAUCAGGCGGAGAAAACAGAUGGGCUUUAUUCCAAUUAUAUCAGUCCAAAAACGGGUCGAUUUUGCUUGAGUAAGAGUUGUAAAAUACGUAGCUUUUAGCCCCGUGGUUAACAGUUUUUUCAUAGAUAGUACUGUUUUCACGGAAUGGUACUAUUUUAACAGGAUGUUACUAUUAGGUGCCGACAUAAAGAACCCGCCAUCUUUUACAUGGAAUUACAAAGUAUGGCGGGUUCUUUAUGUCGGCACCUACUACUUUAACAAAAUGGUACUUUUGCUAGCAAAAACUGGGGAAAACCAUCAAAAAUAGGCCUACUGGUCUCGGUUAGUACUAUUGUUACUAUUUUUACUUGGUGCUAUUAUUAGGUUGAACCAAAAGUACCAUUAGUACCAUUAGUAUUGUGUAAAUUUGUAGAACACGUGUCCAUCGGAGCCUUAGGAGACAGUUUCUACGAAUAUUUGCUCAAAGUUUGGCUUCAGACCGACCGUACCGAUUCUGGAGCCAAACGAAUGUACGAUGAAGCAAUGAAGGCGUUAGAAGCCAAGCUACUGUUCACUUCACAGCAAAGUAAUUUGAAAUAUUUUGCGGAUUUACGUGGUAAUCGAGUGGAACACAAGAUGGAUCACUUGGCCUGCUUUUCGGCCGGAAUGUACGCUCUUCAGGCCAAAUAUGAAACUGAUUUGGCCAAGAAAAUGCACGCCCUGGAGGUGGGAAAACAGCUGGGGAAUACUUGUCAUGAAAGCUAUGUUAGGACAGGUAGGGAAUUGAUUUAAAAAUUUUUUUUUGAAAAUUUAAAUUUUAAGGCGUUACAAAGGUUUUGUCGCUUUUUAAGGCGGGGGUGGGGGAGGAGGGAUGGGGGGGGAGGAAUGAUGAAAGGUAAGGGGGAGGAGAAAAUAUGGUAAAAUACGGUAGAAGUGGGUUCUGUAAUGAAAAAAAUGAUAAAAUGAAGCUAGGAUAGAGCAGGGAGAGGGGAAGCUAAGACACGGGAAUGGUAGGACAGAGGCAAGGCACGACAGCUAGGGCUAGUAUAGAAAUAGGGCUAGGGCAAGGUACUGCACGACAGGGAAGGAAAAGACAGAAAAGGGCAGAAAAAGGGCUGAGAAGCGUAAGGCAAGGCACGGCAGUAGGGAAGAGUAGAGAAGGGUAAGGUAGGGCAUGGAAGGGCAGGGAAAAGGCAGAGAAGCGUUAAGCAGGAGCAAGGGCAAGGCCAUGGCAGAGUAGGGCAGAGAAAAAUAGGGUAGGUCAAGGCUGUCCAGGGCAAGGUAGGUUACGGUAGAGUAGGGUAGGGUAGGGUAGGGUAGGGUAAGGUAGGGUAGGGUAGGGUAGGGUAGGGUAGGGUAGGGUAAGGUAGGGUAGGGUAGGGUAGGGUAGGGUAGGGUAGGGUAGGGUAGGGUAGGGUAGGGUAGGGUAGGGUAGGGUAGGAUGCGGUAGGGUAAGAUAGGGUAGGAUACGGCACUGUUGGGUAUGGUUACUUUAAAAUUUUCUCUUUUCAGAAACGGGAAUCGGGCCAGAAGCCUUUCGUUUCACGCCGGACGUGGAAGCUCGUGCCGUGCGCGACGGCGAACGUUACUACAUUCUUCGGCCCGAAGUCGUCGAAGGCUGGUUCUUCCUAUGGCGUGCCACUCACGACAACCGUUACCGUGACUGGUGUUGGGCGGCGGUACAAGCAAUCGACCGGUAUUGUCGUGUAGCUAAUGGCUUCGCAGGGAUUCGGAACGUUGAUAAGCUACCGGUCGUUCACGACGACGUUCAACAGAGCUUCAUUUUGGCUGAAACGUUGAAGUAUUUGUAUUUGGUGUUCGAGGAGGAUACUGUAAUUGAUCUGGAUCAGUGGGUAUUUAAUACUGAAGCUCAUCCUUUCCCGGUGCUAAGGCAAUAA